AUGAAGCGAAAUCGACCAAGCGGGUCUCAGCAACGAAAAAUUCAGAAGGCAAAAGAAAAGUCAGCUGAGGAGAUGUCUGGAUCAAUUUUAAAAUAUGUUGCACCUUCAACAUCUACCGCAGAAGGAGAAAGCGCUGAAGACGUUCAGUCUGUUGAAUCCAGAGGUGAAAUGCCUGAAGUAUCUUCUCAAGAAGCUUCGUAUGUGAAAGCACAAGAAUUGGAGAAGAUCAUUUUAUCUUCAAGCGGUGAAAGUGAUGUAGAUGAAGGCGAUGCCAGCAUCAGCAAGACUCUGAUGAUGAUGAUGAAGAAGAAGAGGAGACUGUUUGACUGUCAGUUUAUUCUAAUGUUGCUGCUUGGCCAGUUCCAGUUCCAGAUGUUUUAA